AUGAACGUCUUCUCAGCUAAACCACCGCCGGACACCGCUUGCACUGCGAAACGUGGUCACAGCAGUCCCCUCUCCGUGUCGCCUAGCUCCUCUAAGACUAGAGCAAGCGGAUCCACCAGCGUCCCCUCAUCAUCAAUGACGAUCAGUAUGUCGUUCGGCAGCCAGGGCAGCCCGGUCGUAGCUCCCCGUUCCCCGCUCGACCUUUCACACGCCGCCACUGAUCCCCUCAGCCCUGUAGCGACCGCCACUUUCAAGACGGAAGACUGCCCAAAGCUCCGUAAGGCAGUUGAGGAAGGCGAAGAGGAGGAUAUGGAGACUGAGGUAACUGCGCUGGACGGAUCCCCGGCUGACCAGCGUCCUCCAACCUUGGCCGCAGGAGAGGGCGUUGUCUCCCCCAGUGGCCGAUCGGCUUCCCCCUGCUCCCCUGCUAGUUCUCGCGACAGUGUCCUUGUGGAGCCCCUCAAGAGAUCGCAGAAUACUGCCAGUGGGACUGAACGGGAUGGCGGCGAGACCACAGAUCGACGUCCCCGACUGAAUUCUAUCUCCACUUCCACGAGCCCCUUGAGAAGUUCAAACGAUACGGAGUUAGUCACGACGGCGGUACCAGCCACCAAAAAGACGCCUAAAACCGACGAUGUCUCCAGUCAGUUGAAAGUUCUCGUCGACUUUCUUCGGUCCGUUGCUGGACGUGCAGAAGGCGGCACUGAGGAUGGCAACGCCACACCGAAAUUGCUCCUCCCCCAAGCUACUGCUCCUGCUACCCCUCCUCCUCCACCUCCGCCGCCACCGCCGCCACCAGCCUCUGUUCUGCCGAACCCCCUCAACGACGUCGCCUCCUCAUUGCUUGCGCUUUUCGGCGGUCAGAAGUUGACGCGAGUUCCAUCCAAGUCAAAGGAUCCAGUGGCCGACAUAACGGCGCCAAUCUCGCCACAGCCAUCCGCGGUAACUGCUGAGGGACGAAACCUCUUGACCGAUCUACCAGCUUCGCGUGACCUGCUUUUCCAGUUGGGUCAACAACUGAUGGCCCUGGCGGCGACAUCAGGUGGGACGCCACAGGCAGCGGUGCCACCGGUUUCCAAACCUCCAGCCUCACUUGGCGGCCAGGCGCUACCGCCUAACAUCCUGCCGGACAUUAUGCUACUUUCCCCUCCGCUAGCAGUGCCAAAAACAGCAGCAGCAACUACUGUUUCUCCAGUCUCUUCGGGCUUAACUGAAGCUAACCGAGGCGGAACUCCCGUCUGGAUGUCAUCUAGGGGACCGACUGCAUCAUCUACCACGUCCACUGUUGGUCGUCAGUCCAAUCGACAGGCCGCAGUAAGCGACGUCUUGCACCAACCACAGCAACCAAUCCCUGCGCCAACAAUCAACACCACUCACAUCACUGCCGAUCCCACUCCUCAACCACCCAACCUCAGCGGAAUCUCCAUGCGAGGCAAUCAGAAGUACAGUGCCUUCUACCAGCAUCACCGCAAACAGGCACUGAACGUCCCACAGUCGAACCUAGAGAAUCCCGAGGAGGGAUUCCUCCGAGGCCAAUCGACCAACCUCCCUAGCCGUGCAGGUGGUGCUGGGUUUCCUGGAGGCCGGCGUUGCAACGGGCCAUCCAACCGUGGAGAUCCCCUCCCACUUGGGGCUGCUCGCUUCUCCUCUAACGCCUCCGCCGGUGACAACAUGCUUCUCAAGUCCACUGCGGGCGUUCGUCUGCCGACGCAGGUCAGUCCUGAAGGGGGCCUGUCCGGAAGCCUGCCUACACUCACUUCUUCGCGCUGUUCCCGAGAGACGGCCUUCUUGUGCAGUUGCGGGGAGGACUUCGACAGUCUCUAUGUUUUCACCCUACACAUGAAAGACACCGGUCACAAACCUCGCAGUAGUCAACCCGACCGGGACAUUCCGAAGUUAGUGCGUGGUCAGGACAUGUGGAUCAACAGUGAGACGGAGCAAACACGCGAGAUCUUGCGUUGCAUGCGUUGCAAUCAGUCCUUCCGCAGCCUGCCCGAACUCACGAUGCACAUGAUGAAAACUAAUCACUAUUCAGAGAUUGUCUAUAGUGACGCGGGACGUAAUCUACUGGCAAGUCAGGCCCUCUCUAGCGUCGGCGGAGAUGCUGGUCGUGCGGACAAGAAUCGCUCCUUACCGGGGACUUCGUCUGCGGGUCCCGGUUCUCUCUGGGCCAGUGGAGGUCUAAAGUACCCGGGAUCCAGUUCGUAUAAACGCGGCGGACGCAGUAUCUCAGCCAGCACAACAAAUGGCACGGGAGCAUUUCAUGCCAAAGCAUCACCCUCACUGGCACCGACAGAGCGGCCACAGCAGACCUGCCGAUCAGAUGAGGAGUCCAGUUCGCGAGGCAGCAAUAACCCUCCGCUCUCGAACGAGCACCGGCCGGCUUCACCACAGCACUACCAACAGGACUCACCUGCUAAGGUUUUGAGACUUGAACACAAUCACCAACCUUUGCGUCAGGGGGAGGGCGAAGAGGAGGAAGCAGCAGCAGCUAAGAGUGGCGUGGAGCUCGGAAAGCGAACCUCGGAGGAGGCAGCUGCUGAACCCUGCCAGAGGCCUGCCAGUUCACACGAACUGCAAACGAAGUCGCCUAAACCGGUCAGAUCACCGGACACGUACUCCUGUCCCUCAACUCUCCAGCAUGCUGAAGAGACUGAAAACAAAGUGGUUGCAGCGGCGCCGUCUCCAGGCAAGGACAACAGCGAGGGGGAGAGCAAGUAUUCCACUGGCGCAGCUGAGGUCUCUCACUCUCCGAGUUCGAGUCGCGGCACCUCGAGCCCUCAGUGUGGGGAUAGAUGGGAGAAACCAGAGGGUGAUUCGUCGGACACACGACGGAGUCAAGGCUGUUCAGACAGUGUUAUUCGUCAGAUUGAGUCCUUUGUGGAAAAGAGUCUACCCUAUCCGGCGAUUUCAAGUCCAGUCAAAACAAACUGGCAUAGAAGUAAUCCGGGCGCCAGUUCUCUCCUGAAGGGAGUACACACAGCUUUUGGGGGCCUCUUCCCGAGACCGAAUCAGUCUCCGAUGGGUGCGAAUUGCUACGACAUGCCCAGCCUAGAAACCAGCAGGUCAAGCUCCAACCCUGACAGGGCAGGUCAGCGAAAGAGACGUUACUCCAGCGGAUCCUCGUCAAGCGCGGCCGCAGCUCCGUCAGGCUUUAGCAGUCAACUCCCGACCGAGGUGGAGGUGGAGAAAGCAUCCAACCAACUCUUCGGCGCCCCCGCUCAGUGCGAUAUGAUGGAUACCAGCACGACACUGGGUGCCAGCGAAAAUCCCCUGUCCUCUCUGCAGAAGCUAGUGGAAACUACACACCAAGUCUCCGGCAACGUCAAGAGUCUCGGUUCUCCCCUGCGUCCAUCUUUUUCCUCCUUCGGCGGCGGCGGUGGUGUUUGCCAACCUGGCGACAAGGCGAAUUCGCCCUCUCCAGCCUCCUUAAGCCAUACACCCACCAGCGAGGUUGAUCUCCUGAAGCUAAGCCUUCCAGUCGUCAGCACCGCAGUGAAACCACCCAACUCCCAGGCUGGUUUGGCCUCAGCCGUCUCAGCUCUCUACUCUUACAUGUCUAAGGCUUCAUCCAUGAUCCCUGGAAAGCUGUCGACACCUCCGAAGACGAUCGCUACACAAACGACCGGCGGCGACACAAUUACUGCUUCUUCUUCUUCUGCUGCUGCUGGUGGCGGUUGUAGCGGAGAGUCCGCCAUCUUCCCCACUCCGGACAUGAAACUACUGACUGAUCUCAUCGCCUUGCAGAGUGGAGGUGGUGCUGCUGCUACUACUGCUGGUGCUCUCACCCCAGAUCUGGAGACAGGAGCAGAAGCCACUCAAGCAGAAGUCGGACUAGCACGUGAUUUGCCACCUGCGUGGUUGGGCCUGCUCACAAUGGUCCUGAAUGCGGCAGCUAAACAGUCUGGUCUACAGAUGCUCACCAAGAACUGGCCCAACACUACUUCCGAAGGCGGCGAGCAGGCGGAGGCGCAGGAUAAAAAGUCAGAUCUGCGGCCCCUGGACAUGUUGGAUGUUACAGCGGCGUCGCUCUCCUCCAGCGCGGCUGCUGUCGCCGCGGUCGCCGCUAUACAAUCCCAAUUUCUUCAGCCGCCAGGUUUGUUUGGUCAACCUGCAGGAGUCCUAAAUUUCAGUAGCAGUGGCGCCAACACCUUCGGACUAUCAUCUCCGGCCUUUCAGGCCAUACCCGGACGGGGUCCGCGAGCAUGCAGUCUACCGAACACAUCCCUCUCCCUACCGGUCCACAUGAGUACCUCUGCGGGAGGCGCUUCUGCUACCGCCGUCGCCAACUCUGGCAGUAUGGUUGCAAACAUAACGAAGAAGGCCAAGUGCCAUUUCUGCGGCAAGCCAUUCGCCAACAAGGGUCAAGUGCGAUUGCAUAUAAGCAAAAACAAGUGUCCGUGUUUGUUGCAACAGUCCUGUCACGCAGCUGCUAUGGCCAAGGCAUCCCUCAUGCGCAGUCAGGUAUCUGUGGCGUCUUCAGUGGCAGCAGCAGCCGCUGCAAUAGGGUCUUCGUCUCCCAUCGCAUCCAACAAACGCCCCUCGACCAAUCCCUUCUCGCCUCUGUUUUCUGGCUUCUCUGGCGCCGGCGGUGGUAACGCGGGUCUUGGAUUGAGUGGAGACUUCAGCCAGUUCUUCAAUAGUCGAGCAGGGCAAAAGGACCUCCAUCUGCACCAACCGUCUCAAGGUCAGCAGCCGCCGACAUCUCAAUCAGCCACUGCCCAGCAUAAGUCCACCGACCAAGGAACUGGAAAUCCUACCUUCACAGACCAGCCGAUGGAGUCCGGUCUGCCGACAGAGGCGGCCGCAUUGGAACUCCUUCUGCGGCACCUGCAGUUCCCGACGCAACAGCCGCUACUUAGCCCUGCGACCUCGAGGCAACAGCAGCAGCAGGCGCCGUCACAACAGCCGAUCACCUCGUCCGUUGGCUCCGGAUCUCUCAGUUUCCCCCUGCCUGACGUACAGGCACUCGCCGGUUUCAAGCCGACUGACCUGCUGGCCACCCUCGCCAGAGCUGCAGCGGUGGACCCCGGCUGCGCUGCGCGAACAGUUCCGGUCACCACCAGCGGCGCCGUGGCAGCACCCGCCGCAUUUGAGAAUCCCCUGGGCAGCAAUUCCCUCCUUAAUUUCCUCACUGGACAAGUCGCGGCAGCGGCGGCAGCAGCAGCUGCUUCGGCACCCCCACCGCCGCCACCUCCUCCACCACCGCCUCCACCCCCACCACCGCCACCCCCAGUUCAGAAUUUGGAGGCUGCUCUGACUCCCGAACAGAAGGCUCUCUUCCUUUUCGCUCAGGCAGUGGCCUCCCUCUCUUCUGUCAAGCCGACGGAGGAGACGGUUCCAAAGAAUCCCAAUCUCUUACCCAGUCUGAUUCAGACCUUCGGUCUACUACCACCAUCCAACGCAUCCUGCAGUGGCAGUGAUACUGGCAGUGGCGGCGCGUCUAGUCUCCUAACCAGUUCCACCGUUGCGCCGGCUGUAGAGACACUGGCUGGUCUCAAUCCUGACCUCCUUAACUCCUACCUGAAUGCCAUUCGAAAGAUUGCUGCCUCCGGCAACUCCAGUAAGAACAGCAACGACGUCACAACCUCCUCUGCCAACACGCGACCAACGGCUACAUCAGCUGUGUCGCAGUCUGGUGACAGUGAAUCGCACUGA